AUGCCAGGUAUACCCAAAUUUUUCAAAAUAAAUAAAGAUAAAAAUGAGUUAAAUAAAAGAUGUAAUUAUCUGGUCGCAGCCGCCGGGGCCAUCACCGCUAUCACCCUGCAGAGGGAGGAGAAGCAGCUGGAGGCAUCAUUAGAUGCACUGCUGAGUCAAGUGGCUGAUCUGAAGAACUCACUGGAGAGUUUCAUAUACAAGUUGGAGAACGAGUAUGACCGGCUGACCUGGCCGUCUGUCCUGGACAGCUUCGCCUUGCUCUCCGGACAGUUGAACACUUUGAACAAGGUCUUGAAGCAUGAAAAGACACCGCUGUUCCGCAACCAGGCCAUCAUCCCCCUGCUGCUGUCCUCAGACCGUGAUGAAGAUCUCAUGCGGCAGACCCAAGGACGAGUGCCUGUUUUCAGCCACAAGGUGGUCCCUGACCACCUGAGAACCAAGCCUGACCCUGAGGUCGAAGAGCAAGAGAAGCAGCUCACAACAGAUGCUGCUCGCAUUGGUACCGACGCAGCUCAGAAGCAGAUCCAGAGCUUGAAUAAAAUGUGCUCGAAACUUCUGGAGAAAAUCAGCAAAGAGGAAUGGGAAUCUGAGAGUGGAGGUCUCCGGCCAAACAAGCAGACCUUUAACCCUGCAGACACCAAUGCCUUAGUAGCAGCUGUGGCCUUUGGGAAGGGGCUAUCGAAUUGGAGGCCUUCUGGCAGUAGUGGUCCUGGCCAGCCCGGCCAGCCAGCUGGGCGGAUCCUUGCUGGAGCCUCAGGAUUACAGCAAGUACAGAUGGCGGGAGCUGCAAGCCAACAGCAGCCACUGCUCAGUGGGGUGCAGAUGACCCAGGCAGGUCAAACAGGGAAAAUGCCAAGUGGAAUAAAAACCAACAUCAAGUCUGCUUCAAUGCAUCCCUACCAGUGGUGAGUGUGGCCGGCAACUUGGCCCAAAGCUGGACUAGAUGGGUACAAUAAAGAGAACAUGGGCUUUCAGUGCCAGA